UCGCUCUUUUCCGUGAGGUCGUGUUGUUUGGUGACAACUUGCGGGAGGUAUAAGUGUGGGCGCUGGUGACCGGAGGCAGAGGUGUUUGGGAUGAUGGGGAUCCCCGCAUGGAGGGAGCUGGUGGAGGCCUGGCUGCCUGUCACCCGGGACGUGUCCCUGCAGGCGCUUCUCCUGUACACCGGGCUGUUCCUGGGGCUGUACUUACUCAUGAGCUCUCUCUGGGCCUAUUAUCAGAUCAUCACAAGGAACUCCCCACCCGGGCCGACCCCGUUACCCUUCGUGGGCAACUUCGGCUUCAUGAUGGUGCCCGGGUGGCUGCUGCAGCUGUUACAGUUCGGCAUAGAUAGCAAUAAACUGAGCAAGUCGCCAUCUGGAGCCACCAGGAGGGGGGCCUUCCUGUACCCCCACAUCGUCCUCAGUAAUAUGUCCAAAAUCUAUGGCAAGAUCUAUGGUCUAUAUAUAGGCAGCCGCCUGAUCGUCAUCCUCAAUGACUUCGACACCGUGAAAGAUGCCAUGGUAAACCACUCUGAGGUGUUCUCUGACCGGCCCAGCGUGCCCCUGGUGACCAUCAUCACCAAGAGGAAAGGCAUUGUUUUUGCAAAAUAUGGUCCUAUAUGGAGACAGCAGAGAAGGUUUUCCCAUUCAACUUUGAGGCACUUUGGCCUUGGAAAGUUAAGCCUGGAACCCAUUAUUAUUGAAGAGUUCAAGUACGUGAAGCAAGAGAUGAUGAAGUUUGGCGAUAAAGGCUUUAGCCCCUUUCAGAUUAUUAAUAAUGCGGUCUCCAAUGUCAUCUGUUCCAUAAGUUUUGGUAAACGUUUUGACUAUGAAGAUAAGGAAUUUAAGAGCAUGCUGAGCAUGAUGUCCCGCGGCCUGGAAAUCAGUGUCAACAGUGAAGCCAUCCUUUCUAACAUCUGCUCUUGGAUGUACUAUCUUCCAUUUGGACCAUUCAAAGAGUUAAGGCAAAUUGUCAUAGACAUCACAGGAUUUCUUAAAAGGAUAAUAGAGGAGCAUAAGCUUUCCCUAGACCCUGAGAACCCCCGGGAUUUUAUUGACAUGUACCUUCUUCAAAUAGAUGAGGAACAGAGAACUCAACUGGAGAGUAGUUUCAACACUGAGUACUUGUUCUAUAUUAUAGGUGAUCUCUUCAUUGCGGGAACAGAUACCACUACAAACACACUUCUUUGGUCUCUCUUGUAUAUGUCCCUUUAUCCAGAUGUCCAAGAAAAAGUCCAAGCUGAAAUUGACUCGAUUAUAGGACGUGAGAGGCCGCCGUCCUUGACCGACAAGAUUCAGAUGCCAUUUACAGAGGCCACUAUUAUGGAGGUGCAGAGAAUGACUGUGGUUGUUCCCCUCUCAGUACCACACAUGGCUUCUGAAAAUACAGUCUUCCAGGGGUAUACUAUUCCUAAGGGCAGUGUGGUGCUGGCAAAUCUUUGGGCAGUACACAGAGAUCCAAAGGUGUGGGAGAAACCGAAUGACUUCAACCCCAGCAGAUUUCUGGAUGAACAUGGACAGAUACUGAAGAAAGAAGCAUUUAUUCCAUUUGGCAUUGGUCGACGGGUCUGUAUGGGUGAACAGUUAGCCAAGAUGGAGCUGUUCCUGAUGUUCGUCAACCUGCUGCAGUCUUUCAGUUUUUCGUUUGCUAGUGACACAUUUGAGCCAAUGCUAGAGGGACGGUUCGGCUUGACUCUUGCUCCAUACCCAUUUGAUAUCAAGAUUGCGAAAAGAUAACUUCAGUAAACAGUUGAACUAAAUAUAGAAUUAGUUAGAUUGUCCAAAGGGAGUUGUUUUUGUUUUGUUUUUUAUCUUCUUAGAAAAAGAGUCCAAAACAUUGCAAGUACAUUCAUCGGUAUUUAGUCCUUAAUUAUAACAAUGUAUAUAUAAUCUACAGAGAGUGAAAUAAUUCCUUUAGCUGGUAUAUGGCCCGUCCCUUGGUUUAGAUGCAGAUGGAAUUUAUUAUUAAUGUCAUUUGAUGUAAAAACCUCUAUAUCUGAAAAGAACUCGGCACUUGAAUGUUAGCCUUGUUUACACAGCACUUUCCUUAGUUACUUACAUGGUCACAACAGACUGUGUGGACAACCACAUUAAUAUUCAUUAUGUAGCAGAUUUAAAAAAAAAGUGUUGUUUCUUGUGACUUUAAAAUCUGCUGUGGCGUGUGUGUGUACACAUUAUAUUGUUUGUAUCUGGCAUCUUUCUGCAGGCUUCAUCUCUAAGUUUCUGUUAUCCUCAGAUAGUGUGUGGAGCCUGGCUUCUAUGGUGUCUCCCAUAUACUGCACCUACAGAAGAGGAGAAACUUCUCCCAUAAAUCUCUACAGCACACACUCAGAAGCAGCAGCAUGGAGGACAUUAUAUAGCAGUGCUGUGCAGUGUGUAAGCUGUAAAUCAAGCAGCUUGGAGGACAUUAUAUAGCAAUGCUGUGCAGUGUGUAAGCUGUAAAUCAAGCAGCUUGGAGGACAUUAUAUAGCAAUGCUGUGCAGUGUGUAAGCUGUAAAUCAAGCAGCUUGGAGGACAUUAUAUAGCAGUGCUGUGCAGUGUGUAAGCUGUAAAUCAAGCACUGUGACAUAGGAUACAUCACUACUAGCUGUAGUCUUGUCUCUUAGUAGAUCAUUCUUUCUCCUACUCCCCUCUUCAUAGAUAUUUCAAACAGCUGUAACCGGAUCUUUUAAAAGGGGUUAUCCAGGAAAAAAAA